CUACCUACUCACGAAGUAGCUUGUCCUAUGAAGCCAAGAUGCUGUCCUCUUUCGGAUGCAGGUUGUUCUUUUAAGGGAACAGCUGAAGAACUCGAAGAACAUUCAAAAGAUAUUGAAAGUCAUGUUCGCGUGAUAGCAGAAUCUAUGUCUCAGUAUCGAAUCAAUAUAAAGGUGCUUGAAGAUAAAGUAGCGGAGUCAAUCUCGGAAAACUUGAAACUUAAAGAACAGUUGCAGGAUAUUUAUCCAGUAUUAGGUACAGUCAAAAGUUUAGAUAAGGCAGUAACGGCUCUUCAAGAAAAAGUGAAGAAAUUAGAAAUAGCGGAACAAACAGUGGAAGAAAUGAACGAAACCUUGGUCCGGCUCAAAGAGUAUAUGCAGAGAGUGCAACCAGCUGUUGUGCAAGAUCACAAAUCCAAAUCACCACAAGGUAUGAAGUCACCAGAAUCCAAAUCACCACCACGGGGACUCUUUAGCCACAACAGUUCCUUCGAAGACCACAAGACGAAACAUGCUGCACCUCCUACGGAUCUGUGAUAGUAUCCUGUUUGAUGAGAAUCGCCAUAUAAGGCAAAAGACAGAAAACCUCUUGAGGGUUGUGCAGAUUGCCAAUUGCUAUUAACUCAUUUUAAUCUGCUUUGAUUUCGGUGAUCUGGCAGUGAACUUUCUUGAAGGAUUAUUUAAAAAAAUUCUCUUGUACAUAAUACUUUGCUUCUAUCGCAUUUAAAAAUAUUUAAAACUACAAUUUUGAUUGCAAGCUUCAAAAAAUACUUUUGAGGAGAUACUUGGAAAAAUAAAGAACAAUCAGUGAGAGACUUUUACAGUGCCACAAAAAAGCACAAAUAAAUUAAAUUUAUGAAGGUGUCAGACAGGUAAAGCAUAAAUAGCAGAAACUUUGAAAGAAUGGUGAAAACUUUCAUAUUAGCGGCUUACGUCGUCAAAAGGUAUAUAUUCUCAUAAAUAAAUGUAAUAUUUUAUCAA